AUGAUUAAAUCAGCACUUCCAUUUCUAGGCGAUAGUCCUCAUAGACUCGAGAUUCUUGCUAAUAAUCAAAAAUUAGCUGGAUCGAACCAGUUUGUACUGAGCGUUAGUGCUGCUCAAGAAACCAUUUCGCAAGCAAUGAAUGAUUUCGAUUUCACCGAUUUCCAAGCAACAUUGAAGAGUAUCAAAGAUUAUGCUCCAGCGUACACAUUGCCAUCACAUUCAACCCGUUUACAAAGUACGACACAUCACGAUUUUGAUGAAAAUAAAUUUUGUAAGAUAGGAGAUGGCUUUGUUAAUUAUAUUUUGCAAUCAUUGGACGAUCGACUUGAUACAGCAGCGAAAGAAAUAGUUCAAAAUCUGUGUGUAUUUUCUUGUCCAUCGACUCAUUCAUCCGAAGAAUUAUUAAAAAUAUCUGAAGGUAUUACAACAAUCCCAGCUAUUUUAUCACAUUUAGCGAAAGUUGAUAGCGAACAAUGUUCUGUACGGUUUCGAGUUUACCAGAUACUAGGAACCCUUGUGAUCAGUUUAAAUGAAGCGGAAAGAACGCGUUCAGCGCGUUGCGAAGAAUUAAAAGCUGGCUAA